AUUAAAGAAAUUCAUUGCGAAAAAUACUACCUCGGCCAGGCAUAUAGACUCAUUGUCAGUGGUCGAAUUGGUGAGACGCCCGCCUAGAAUGUAGAGAGGUCAUGGUUCAAGCCCAGGCUGAAGUAAUAUUUUUCGCAAUGAAUUUCUUUAAUUAGAAUUUGCCAGCCGAGCGUCGUCUAGCAAUUUUCUACCUUGGCACAUAGUUGCCUCCACUACUUAUCGUAGCAAUGUGGGUACGACAACCGCAGAUAUAGCUGUCCCAAAUAUUACUAUUUAUUGGGGCUGUGCCAACCUUAAUUAAACAUGUGGUAACCACAUCGGUCUCUCCGUGUGGGUGAGUGCGGCUUCGCUUCUCCCUGUGGCCGAACCGUGCCUGUUAUUUCGAUUUCGAUCGACAAUGAACCACGAUUAGCCAAGUCUUGCUUGGAUUUCCUCGCUUUUGGACCAAAUUUUCAAACUAUUCGCUUAUUUCUUGCUGGGGAAUUUGAGAUCACUUUGUUACCGCGUCGCUAAAGCCGGCGGAGCCAAAACGUUCGAUUUGUAAUCAGAGGAAAGUCCUCUAUUGUGAAAUAGACUCCUAAUAAUAGAUAGCAGAUUUUCAGCAUCCAAUUUCACAUAUUUUUUUUGCAACAAUUACACGCGCGGUCUAACAAUGAAUUUUCCACCCAACAGAUUUUAGGAUAACGAAUUCGCGGCAAAACUAACAGACGAUGUCUAUUAAUUUAGCAGAAACCCAACUAUCUCGUAUUAGGAGCCCAUCUCAUAAUAGGAGACUCCUCUGCGCAACCUAUUAGUUAUUAAAGCUCGUUAACUCGCGUGUCGUUAACCGCGCUCUGAUUUCUCGAAGUCACCUUUUACUUGCCACUCGUUAGUUUCAUCGUCGCGAGUUCCUUGUUAUUUACCCAACUGUUGGAGAAAUUAUAUUUAUUCGUGUUGUUAACUUAAUAUUUUCACGCUCGAAAAGAUCUCAUCUCGUUGUGCAAUACUCGUUGUACACAGACGUAAAGUGCAGGUAGACCGACGGAAAAUUGUGGGGAGAGCGAAAAGAUGUAAUGUGAUAAGAGAGAGGCUGGCUUCGUCUCGCGACGAAAUGUACUUGAGUUCAGCGUGAUGCUCAGCCGCGCUUAGAAAAAUCUAAUUACCGUUGCGAGAGCGAGAGCUCUAUCCUGUUAAGGUCGUUCCGAAGCAAACAUUCGGACAGCGUGAAUUGCGCUACGUUCUACAUUACCCCGUCCGCAUCGUAAUCUCUCGGCAAACCGCAGAAAUACACGAUCUAUUAAUCCUUUCCCUCACAUUCGACGACAUCGACGCGGAAAAGCGAAAGCGACGAUUUUUCGAGGGGAAAACGGGGCGGGGAAAAAAAAGAGGAGGAAGACUCGGUGCAAACACAAGAAAGUAAGCGCAAAAGUGAAGACGCCGCGCGCUGAGCUACUUCUCUUCGAAAAAUAUCUGCCGUUCCUUAAAGCUUGGGACAGGUCUAAUUCGCGUCGGGACUCGGGAUGGAAUUCCAUUGUUGAUUUUACGUGCCGCGAAAUAUGAAAAAUAUUUAAAGAAUCAAAACGCAUACGUAUGCAAAGUAUACUUGAAGGAAUCCAUUGCUAACAUAAUAUGCGUUUCAUCCGCAGGUUCUAAGUCGAAGCGAGAGCAUCGCUUGUACACGGUGAAAACUCCUCGAGGGAAGACGCCUAAAAAUACGGUAGCGGAAGCGGCUACUUUCCAUAAUAUCGAGACUAAAGAUGCGGGCUAUCCAGUGUUGCGUUUGCCUCGCGUUGCUGCUGAUGACAGCGUCGGCCGUGCCGGCGUCGUCGAAGGGCGACUCAGCCAAGGUGAAGAAAAUCACGACGAUCGCGGCCGGAGGGGUCAAGAGCACCUCGGCGACCACCGCGACGACGGCGACGGCAUCGAGGCCGAGCAGCACGUUACACUCGUCGUCGUCGUCCUCGAUCGCGGCGGCGGCGACGUCGACGACGACGGUAACGGCACCUCAGACAGCCGCCAUGUCCGCCAGCACGACGCUGAAGCUGCCGACGACCUCGUCGACGACGAUCGUGGCGACCGCGACAACGGCGACGGCGACGGCGACGGCGACGACGGCCGCGUCACCGUCGCUCGCGUCGUCCACGGCGAGUCUGUCGACCUCCCGCAAUCCGCAGGACGGCUCGAGUCCCACCUACAUCACCGAGACAUCGCCGAGGAUAAUCUCGCCCACCCAGCACACCGCGGCCACGGUGCUGUCGUCGAGAAAAUCAGCGGGCUCCGCGACCGCCGCCGUAGCCGACGUCACGACCACCUCGCCUUUGACGGCCAAGGAAACGCGAGAGUCGCCCGGAAAGAUUAGACCGCAAAUCAAAUUGACGACAAAUUACACCAGCGAGACGGGGGUACGGCUGCCGGAGGGGGCGAGCGCGGCCCUCGCGAAACCGACCAAGUACCACUACUACCCGCACAAUCAGCACAUCUACCUGCUACCGGAGUGCGCCGUCCAGCAGGUGUGCAACGCCGUUUACGUCCGAUUGAACUUCACCCAACCGCUGUGCGCCUGUCCCGGAAGAUACCGGGACCCCUGCAGCGCGUCCCUGGACAGCGACGACCUGCACACGACCGAGCUGGUGACCGAUCCGCGAACCAAGGCCUUGACCUUGGUGAAAACGUGCGAGCCGGUCGCCGAGAUGCGAGAGUGCAGAGCGUCGCGGGACUGGUCCCUGCUGGCGCUGCAGAACGUGCGCACGGGAAAGUCUCACUAUCUCGUCAUAUGCCGAUGUCCCGACACUAACAUACUCGAGGGACCUAUGAGCCACGAUCAGCCGACUUACGCCAGCGUCCCGGGCAUUCGGGUGUACGGAAUGAUGUGCGUGCAGGGAAACAGAAGGGGACGACCGCUACGAUAUUCGCGCAGUGUUUCUGAGCAUGCAGAGGAUGAGAAGAAGCCACGCUUCCCCUGGGACAAGGUGCGACAGCUGAUGGCGACGCCGUCUUUUUGGGAAUAGUUUCGCGACGCGAUGUCCCGCCCCGUAUCUGCCAUCGACGAAUUUACGCGUUAAUUUAUAAUGCUAUUAUAUUUAUAAUUCUCCCAGCCAUUCGAAUCCCAUGCUCGAGCUCUCUUCAUUCUCUCCCCUAUCUCGUUUCCCUUUUUAUUACUCUCACGCUUCCUCAACCCUCGGACGGGCGCGGCGCGGUGUGGGGUAAAUUGAUUAUUUGAAUUAUUGAUUUCCUAUAUCAUUUCGAUUGUCGAUUAUAGAAGGCAAAGCCGGAAGACUUCUAGAAAUUUUGAAAGCACACGCCAGCGUGUCCGCGCGAGGGUUGAUAGACACGAUAAGAAAUCGCCUAUGUGACUUGUACUCUCAUCUUCACUUACUUAAUUACUUUAAGCAUAUUUAUUAUUCAUGGUUUCUAUGUUAUUUGUCAUUUGAGCCGUCGAUUAAUUACACACGAUAUAUGAUUCGAUAA